AUGGCGGUGAUGGCGAUGGUGAUAGUGAUGGUGAUGGCGAACAUCGUCAUCAUCAUCGUCACCACCGCCACCGCCACCACCAUCAUCGUCAUCAUGACCACCGCCGGCGCCAUGACGAGUCGAAUGGCCACGAGGAGAGAGCAGAGGAUCCACCCAGGCCUGGCCGCCAAGGCCCAGCUGGUCCGACGGUUUGUCGACACUCUCUACCGCCACCUGGCCCUUCCACGCCUCCGCGCCGGCGAUCGCCAGCAGCCCGCCCAGCACCACCGCGAUCUCGAACCGUGCGACCAGCCUGGUCCUCCCGCCGACAUGUCCGCCCAUUGUCAGGUCUCCGGAGAGCGGCACCCGAGCAAAGGCGCAGAUCGAAAGCUGCGCGUGGUGGUGGCGGGUGGCGGCCCUGCCGGCCUCCUCUCGGCCCUGGAGGCCUACAAGGGCGGCGCCCGCGUGUGCGUCGUUGAGAAGCGGCUGGCCUACACCAGAGACACCUGGUUCGACAUCUACGACCAACCUUUCUCGCGCGGCCUGGCCACCCUCGAGAGCUGGGGAUUCGGCUGGCUGGCCGCUGCGCGCCGCCUGCUCACUGCCGAUCUGCGCGGCUGCGGUCCGGAGAAUGGCCUCCUCGAGUUCCAGGACUGGCGGACUCCAUCGAAGACAACGCAGCAGCAGCAGCAGCAGCAGCAGCAGCAGCCUCAGCCGCCGCUGCCGGCGGGGGAGGAGGCGGAGGCGGGGGAGGAGGCGGAUGUGGUCGUGGGAGCGAUAACGGUGCGGGCGCGGGUGCUCGAGCAGUUCCUGGCCAAGGUGCUGCAGACGGUGGGCGUGCCUAUCCUCCACGCCUACGAGUUCGUGGCGCACUGCCCCGCCUCCACCGCCGCCUCCUCUGCCUCGGGGCGUGCCCUGUUCCAUGCCACGGCGGGGGUGCCGGCGGCGCACUACGCGCACCCGCGGGCCAACGACUCUGCGCUCUUCUGGUGCUCGCGUCCUCUGUCCGCCCUCACGCGCCGCUUCCACGCCCGCACGCCCGACGCGCGCGACAGUACCUCGCCGGCCGCCUUCCUGGCGCUGGACUUUGACGUGCUGGUCGGCGCCGAUGGCACGCAGAGCCGCGUGCGCCAGUUCUCCCGCGUUCCCUACCGACAGCAGAACAGCUUCCUCCUGGGCCACCACCACGUCACCCUCCCCGACCUACACCAGACCACCCUCAUCCUCAACUUUGCCCCGACGACACCACCCGCCGCCGCCAAGACCAGCAGCCGGCACACACCUCCACCCCUCCACCCCUCCACCUCCUCUCCCUCUCCCUCACCACCGGCGGAACCGAGCCCAGAGUGUCCACGGGUCAAUGAGAGGGUGGGCCAGGACUUUGCCGGGCUGGCCAUAGACGGCGUCACGUCCGUCUUCAAACGAUUCUACCAGGGGCACUGCCACAUGCAGGUCCUGUUCAGCCGCGAGGAGGGCCUGCGCAUCGUGCAGCGCUACCGGGAGGAGCGCGGCGGUGGCGUGAGCGCGGCGGCGGCGGCGACGACGAUGACGGCGAAUUCGGCUGCUGGCACCACCGAUGGCAAGCAGGAGGAGGAGGAGGACGUCUUCCGGCUGUGGCGCGCGCGGGGAUCCCAGGAGAGGGACGAUGCGGCGGCGGUGCUGCGGGUGGGCGAGGGAGAGGAGCUUCUCCUCCGCAAGCAUCGCUCCCCCGCCUCCCUCCAGCGCGCACUGCUCCUGCGCCCCACGGGGCGCCAGGCCAGCCCCACGCCCGUACCACUCGUGGAGCAGCAGCCGCAGCCGCCGAGGGAAGAAGACGCGAGUGUGACCACCGCGCAGUACGAUAUCUCGCUGUUCCCCAUCAUCGUGCGCAAGGCCGACGUUACGGCCCUGGCUGCGCAUCCCUCUACGUCUAAUGCUCUCGUCGUCCUCAUCGGCGACGCCGCCGUAUCCGCCCACUACCGGUUGGGGGUGGGGAUAAAUGCAGCGUUCGAGAGCGCGUGGACCUUCGGCAAGCUCGUGGGCGAUCUGCAGCACCUCAAGGCCCGCACCCACCAACUCGACGCUGCCCCGAUGGAAGCCCUGCGCCGCUCCUACGAGGAUGAAGUUCAGGCUCGCUUGGAGCGGAUGGUGCAGUUCCAGGUUUCGACCAUGGCGCUAGAGACGGUGUGCGACAUGGCCGUGUUCUUCGACCAAACGGCUCCCUCCCAAUUCGACUCGCAGCUCGUGUUCGCCAAGGACCGCCGGCUUCGCGACUACAUUGGCGGCGGCGGCUACGUCGGGUCGUCGUCCGCAGCAGCUAAACCGCUCUCGCCCGAGCAGAUCCUCCAUCUGUGCCCCGCCCUCCGCCCGUUUCUCAGUUCUCAGCACCAGCGGCACCAGCGGCACCGCAAGUGUUGA